GAAUCUGCUGAAACUGCGGAAAGACGAGAGACCAAUGAGAGGAGGAAGAUCUCUGUGAGAGGAACAGAAGAAAACGUGACAGAUACAGAAAGAAAGUUUCUCAACUGGACUAAAAGUGACUGAACCGAAGCUUCACCAGAGUAACCGAGGAUCAAAUAAAGUGAGACACGGGUUGCUUGUUGUUGAGGUUCAACUAGCAGAAAAAUAUUCUGUGAAAUUAAGACCUGGAACAUUGAGAAUAUUUGGACGCGGAGCCAGCUGCCACUGUGAGGAAACACUGAAGUUCAUCAGCUUUUCAGUUGAUCAGAUCCUCACAAAAUGGCGAGCAGCUUACCGAGAGACAAGUAUUUUGGCGUCUGGCUUAUCUUCUUCAUGCUCGGCUUGGGGACGCUGCUGCCUUGGAACUUCUUCAUGACUGCUACCAUGUACUUUACCAGUCGUCUAAAAGACUCCUCAUUGGUUGAUUCUUCAACCAAUCUGACACAAGCAUCAAGUGAACAUGAAAGUCUCCUAGCGGCUAAAUUUAACAACGUGAUGACGCUGUGCGCCAUGCUGCCACUGCUUCUCUGCACCUGCCUCAACUCCUUCCUGCACUCACUUAUCCCUCAGCGACUGCGUGUGAUGGGGUCCCUGCUCAUCAUCAUGUUUGUCUUCAUCGCCACCGCUGUCCUUGUUAAACUUCCUCUGGAGCCACUGCCCUUUUUCUCCAUUACCAUGGUGAAGAUCAUUGUUAUCAACUCGUUCGGAGCGGUGCUUCAGGGGAGUCUGUUCGGGAUGGCCGCUCUGCUGCCGGCUUCCUACACGACUCCCAUCAUGAGCGGCCAAGGACUUGCUGGAACCUUUGCAGCCUUUGCAAUGAUUUGUGCCAUCGCAAGUGGCGCAGAGCUGGAAGAUGCAGCAUUUGGUUAUUUCAUCACAGCCUGUUUUGUUGUUUUUCUAUCUGUCCUUUCUUACAUUCUCCUUCCUAAACUGAGUUUUUUUCAGUUUUAUCAGGAGAGAAACAGGACCCAGGAACAAGAGGAGAACUCAGUAAAUCUAAUGAACAGAGGCUCUUUUCUGAGUAAAGGUAAAGCUGCUGACCAGGACAUGAAACAGAACAUCUCCAUGAUAAACAUCUUUAAAAAGAUAUGGCAGCUUGCUCUUUUGGUGUGUUUCACCUUCACCGUCACCAUCGGAACUUUUCCCGCCAUCACUGCUGACACCAAAUCCACUAUUGCCGACGGAAGCUCCUGGGGACAGUUUUUUAUCCCAGUCAGCUGUUUCCUGCUCUUUAACAUGUGUGACUGGGCUGGGCGGAGCUUUACCGCAGCCUGCAUGUGGCCAAGGAAGGACAGCGUAAUUUUUCCAGUUUCCGUUGUUGGUCGUCUCAUCUUCAUCCCUCUUUUCAUGCUGUGCAACGUUCAGCCUCGUAUAUACCUGCCCAUCUUCUUCCAUCACGAUGGCUGGUUCAUAUUCUUCAUGAUCUUCUUUGCGUUCAGUAAUGGAUACCUGGCCAGCCUCUGCAUGUGUUAUGGUCCAAAAAAUGUUCUACCUCAUGAAGCAGAAACAGCUGGGUCCAUCAUGGCUUUCUUUCUCUCGCUGGGUUUGGCCUUAGGUGCUGCGCUCUCCUUUCUCCUAAGAGCACUGGUUUAACUGGAACAAAGAGCAUGAAGGUGGAGCUACAUGAAUUCUUUGGGAAACUGAUCUUUCACAUUAAAGUUCAUUUGUCCCCGG